AAAUGAAGAUUCCCACGAGGACCCAGGGCCACUUCUCAAAGAGCCUCCUGCUGUCAGCCUUGAUCCUGGCACUCUGGAGGCCCCAAGGCUCCCAGGCAGCCCUCCACAUCCAGAAGAUUCCAGAGCGGCCUCAAAAGAACCAGGACCUUCUCCUUUCUGUCCAGGGUGUCCCAGACACCUUCCAGGACAUCAACUGGUACCUGGGGGAGGAGGCCUAUGGAGGCACAAGGCUAUUCACCUACAUACCUGAGCUACAGCGGCCCCAGAGGGACGGCAGCGCCAUGAAACAGCGAGACAUCGUGGGCUUCCCCAAUGGUUCCAUGCUGCUGCGACGCGCCCAGCCCACAGACAGCGGCACCUACCAAGUAGCCAUCACCAUCAACCCUGCCUGGACCAUGAAGGCCAAGACCGAGGUCCAGGUGGCCGAAAAGCACAAGGACCUGCCCGGCGCACACCUGCCCAUGAAUGCGGGCAUCGUGGCCACCAUCAUCAUCGGAUCUCUCGCUGCCGGGGCCCUCCUCAUCGGCAGCAUUGCCUGUCUCCUGGUGACAAGAAGCUGGAGGGGCCAGAGCCACAGGUAUAGAGCCCCAGGCCUCUCCUUCCUCUGUCUCCUCCUCCUCCUUUCCUCUCAGGUCCCAUUGAAUCUUCCACAAAUUACAUCAUCCAACUGGACGACGACCACAGAGAACCCGGAUCGGGGCCCCAGUCACAGCGCUGGUAACAACAAUGCCUACGAACUAAUGUCAUCUCCAGCCUUCCCGGUGUCUCCCCUCAGUGACAAGGGGUCCACGAACUCAGCCCUGGUGAGCCCAUCCCCACCCUCCCUGCAGCCGGGGCCGGAGAACCACCAGUACCAGGACCUGCUAAACCCAGACCCUGCCCCCUACUGCCAGCUGGUGCCAAGCCCUGAAGGAGCCCGGCCAGGCCAGCCCAAGACAAGGCCUCUGCCCGCCCCUGGGGGCCUCGCACCGAUGACAGAAAAGACACUUCCGAGGCCAGCAGGACAAGGCCAUCAGGGGCUGCGGGGCUGA